UAGAGAAGGGGCGGAGAGUGAGUUGUGGUUUUUGGUGUGGGCCUGUUUGCCCGAGAAAGCGAGCGGUGGUCGGAAGGGAGCUGAGUUGAGGAAUUGGAUUCACGGACGCACUCGAGGCAGUCACUCUGUGGGCUCAAUAUGGAGUCUGAAGAUAACGUUUUUCCUGAAAAAUUGGUUGAAAAUUUGAAACUCUCAGAACAGCAAAACACUUCCCAAAUCAACUGCCAUAAUGCACAUGUCCCCAAACUUGAUGAAGAAGGAGUAAGUCCUGAUACAGCAGCUAGAGAAGAUGAAGACCUCUUCCAUGACUGUAGUGACUCUUUUGCAUCAGAGGCAGUAGAAGUUAAUCACAGUGGAGAAGCUGAUACUUCAGAGAAUCAAACAGAGCCAGAUGAAAAAUAUUUGCUAGAACUUGAGAAAGAUAUGUCAGAAGAAGAAAAGCAGAAGAGAAGAAAUGAGAGUAUAAAAUUGAAAGAAGAGGGAAAUGAACUGUUCAAGAAAGGAGAUUAUAAAGAAGCUGAAGAUUCAUAUGCCAAAGCCCUGCAGAUUUGUCCAGCCUGUCAUAAGAUGGACAGAUCCAUUUUAUAUUCAAAUAGAGCUGCAGCAAGAAUGAAACAGGAUGAGAAAGAAACUGCUAUAAGUGACUGCAGCAAAGCCCUGGAAUUAAAUCCAGACUAUAUCAAGGCACUACUGAGGAGAGCAGAACUGUAUGAAAAAACAGAAAAGCUAGAUGAAGCUUUAGAGGACUACAAAAAUGUAUUGGAAAAAGAUCCAUCAAUUCGCCAAGCGAGAGAAGCUUGUAUGCGACUGCCAAGAGAAAUAGAAGAACGUAAUGAAAAACUCAAGGCAGAGAUGUUGGGUAAACUGAAAGAUCUUGGAAACUUGGUGCUCCGACCUUUUGGCCUCUCAACUGAGAACUUCCAGGUGAAACAGGAUUCAUCAACUGGCUCUUACUCCAUCAACUUUGUUCAAAAUCCAAAUAACAACCGAUAACAUAAGCCUUCCUUGCAGUAACAUGCUUGGCAUGGGUGUUUUUACUGAAUGCAACAGGAUGAAUAAACACCUUAAGGCAUAAAAUCUUUAACUAAAUGUAAAGACUUGAUCAUAGUCCUAUGCAUUAUUUUCUCCUGUGGGGUACUUUUGCAGGUGUGGACUGUUGGGGGAAGUAAUCUAACCUGUACAGUAGAAUUAUAUGCACUUUAUCUGGGCACUCUGCACCCUCUUGUGGGGGACAGGAGUUCACCUAGCUAAAAUAGAAGAGUCAAGUGCACCCAUACCUGUAACCAAAAUGCAACCAUUUUGUGUUUUGUGGUGACUGCGAAUUUCUGUGUGAAUGAGACAAAAAGACUGAGCUCUCCAUUUACAGAGGGAACCUUAUCUGAAGUGAAAUAAAACCUUGGUUCUCUGGGC